CGUGAGAAGAUUGUGUCCAGAGGGCUUUAUGAACUCAAACCCAGAGUGCGGCUCUCUGCCCCUUUCUGGCUUUAGUGAAUGUGGAGGCUCAGUGGAUGGCUGUAUUCCUGCUGAAUGGGUGACGCUAGGAAUAACCUCUCAGACGGUUACCUCACGAUCUGUGGUUUUAGGGUACUGGAAUGCAUGGUAGAGAGAACAAGUGUUUAUUUACUAACUCCCAAUAGCUUGAAAAUGGGUACUAGUGAAGAUUAAGGGUCAUGGGCUUUGAGAUUCAGAAGGUUUGAUUAUGUGGAGAGCCCAGACUCCUUCAGUGAAUACCUUCUCUCUGCGCUUGGAAGAUGAAGAUGAAGUGUGGCACAGAGGGUUUUCUGAUUUUUUUUUUAAGCCACACAUCAUCAUGAAGCUCCACCUACAUCAUUUUAAACUGGUCUAAGCAGUCAUCUUAAACACAGCCAUGGAGGAGGUUGGGGGUGACGCUGGAUAGGACAGCAGUGUACACGUGUUCAGCUUCCUGUCACUCGGUGCUGUGUUCUUCACAUGUUUCUGUCAUUAUGGCCAGCCCAAGAACCAGGAAGGUACUUAAAGAAGUCCGGGUGCAAGAGGAGAACAAUGUGUGUUUUGAGUGUGGCGCAUUCAAUCCUCAGUGGGUCAGUGUGACCUAUGGCAUCUGGAUCUGCCUGGAGUGCUCUGGGAAACACCGUGGGCUCGGAGUGCACCUCAGCUUUGUGCGCUCUGUCACUAUGGACAAGUGGAAGGACAUGGAGCUGGAGAAGAUGAAGGCUGGUGGGAAUGCCAAGUUCCGGGCCUUCCUAGAGGCCCAGGAGGACUACGACCCCUGCUGGUCCCUGCAGGAGAAGUACAACAGCAGAGCCGCAGCCCUCUUCAGGGACAAGGUGGCCACCCUGGCUGAAGGCAGAGAGUGGUCUCUGGAAUCCUCGCCUGCCCAGAACUGGACCCCACCUCAACCCAGGACACUGCCGUCCACUGCCCACCGGGCCCCUGGUCAGCCGCAGACUGUGACUGCCUCCUCUGACAAGGCCUUUGAAGACUGGCUGAAUGACGACCUUGGUUCCUACCAGGGGGCCCAGGAGAAUCGCUACGUGGGGUUUGGGAACACACCACCACCUCCAAAGAGAGAUGACGACUUCCUCAACAACGCCAUGUCCUCCCUUUACUCGGGUUGGAGCAGUUUUACCACUGGAGCCAGCAGGUUCGCCUCGGCCGCGAAGGAGGGUGCCACAAAAUUCGGAUCCCAAGCAAGUCAAAAGUUUUGGGGUCACAGACAGCAGCCAGAGCCGGCUUCAGAGCUGGGCCACAGCCUGAACGAGAGUGUCCUCAAGCCUGCCCAGGAAAAGGUGAAGGAGGGAAAGAUUUUUGAUGAUGUGUCCAGUGGGGUCUCUCAGUUGGCAUCCAAGGUCCAGGGAGUCGGCAGUAAGGGAUGGCGGGACGUCACCACCUUUUUUUCUGGGAAGGCAGAGGACUCCUUGGAUAGAUCCACAGAGGGCCAUGGUUACCAGAGCAGCGGUGGGGACAACUCACAGAGCAGCACCAUAGACCAGAGUUUCUGGGAGACCUUUGGAAGUGCUGAGCCCCCCAAGGCCCGCAAAUCCCCAAGCAGUGACAGCUGGACCUGUGCGGAUACCUCCACGGAAAGGAGGAGCUCAGACAGCUGGGAAGUGUGGGGCUCAGCCUCCAACCACAGGAACAGCAACAGCGAUGGCUGGGAGGGUUGGGAGGGUGCUGGUGGGGAGGGCAGGGCCAAGGCUACCAAGAAGGCAGCGCCUGCCGAUGAGGGCUGGGACAACCAGAACUGGUAGGGCCCCAGCACACCAGGCCCGGCCCUCAGUGGUGGCCGUGUUUGCACUCUGCCCUCCCUCCCUCCUCCUGUGUGACCCAAGAAACAGCCACUGCGGCUUACAGGUGGCGUUAGGGGCAAGGCCCUGGGAGAUGGGGAUUGUUGCCGGCUGUCCCACAUGGGAGGUGGUGGCUCACUCUCCAAGACCAUGUGGGGAUGCCUGCCCACUUCAUGCCCCCUGGGGGUUUUUGAGUAGCCUGGGUCUGUCUGCCGGGUGCUGUCUGCUGCCAGGGGUCCGGGGUGUGGACGCAGGGCCCCGGGGCCAUCCCUCGGCUGGUCACUGAGAAACAUCCUCGGGGGCUGGGACCACUUCACGUGCAAUGCUGUCAGCGACAAGAGUCGUUCCUUUGAAAUGUUUUUCACCGUUAAAGGUUUUUCUGUAGUUUUUUUUCUUUUGAAGACGAUGCCUGGAGUUUUAGAAAUGGAAAUACCAGAAGCAGUACUGAGUGGCACUGUGGGAAACUCACCUUCUGGGCCUCGGUGGCCUCCUGCAUCAGCCCUGCCCAGUCCCAUCUCAUGGGGCAGACUCCUCAGGUGACCACACUGACACCGGGCCUUCUUAGCACAUGAACUUGGGUCCCGGGUGCCCUGGAGGGAUCAAGAGUGAAGUGUGGCCAGGCAAGGGGUUUGGCUGUGGCCUCCUCGUCCUGAUGUGGGACGCCCCGCAGGGGUGGGCAGGUAUAAGGAAGGCCUUGCUCCCAGAGUGUAGGGACAUGGAGCAUCUUUGUCUCUGGGGAGCCCACCUGAGCAGGGAUGCUUCUCAGUGUUUGCUGGGCCUGUGAGGUGUCCAACCUACGGUUACACGCAGCCCAGGUGCUGUAUAGCCACAGUGCCUGUGGCUCUGUCCCUGUCAUGCCACAUUGUCUUCGUCCUGUUGUUGGAGUCUCACUGAAUGACUCACUGGACAUUAGCCUGCUGGACUGUGAGACUGAGCUGCCUCACUGGCAGCUGGGUAGACGUGGCCAGCGUGACCCUGUGGAUUGGUUCCCACCACGCGGUGGCCCUAUAGCCAAGACUCUUGAUAGUGCUGCUGCAUGUGGCGCGAACCCUGCACCCUCCCUGUCACCACUUGGUUACAACCCACAGUGCGUGUACCAAUGCCUGCUUGUGCACUCUGCUUUCGGUGUGCCCUCCACUGGCUGCCCUUUGCACAGUCCUGGCAUGAACUGGGCCCUGGGCUCCUGUGCUAGUCCUCUGGGGUUCAGCCCAUGCAGAACAGGACAGGCUUAUCCGAGCUGUAGUUUCUUCAUCCUCGGGAGGGCCUGCAGCCCCUUGGUGACUGAUAUGUAGGGACCCUGUCCCCUCAGCUGCUUGUGGGUCUGAGGUCAGCAGCCAGGGGCUCAGGAUAAUGAGAAGCCAUAGGACUGACGAAAGCUGGCUAGGCGACCCUGCCCAGCAAGCUUCCAUCACCUGCUGCCUGCUGGUGGGGUCCCUUUGCUGACCUGACCCACAUAUGGAAGGGUUGGCCCUCAGGGUGCUGGGGGAGAGUCUUCUCCCAGAGGCGUGUGGAUCACCCCCCAUUGUGGGGACUGGGAGAAGUGGAACAUUGUGCCUGGGACCCCCACCAAAGCUGCCACCCUGGUGGUCUCAUGAGGAGAGGACAGUGGCUGGCCCAGGUUCCAUGCUGCUCCUCCUUGGCCAUGAGCCCAGGUCCUGCUCAGAGGGGCACUAAGGGACUUGUUCCCAGGAGCAAGAGGCAGAUAGGUCAGGAGCUCAAUGUCUGUGAUGACACUGUGACACCAGCUUGUGGGUGUGAGUACCCACACAUGUGCCCAGUGUUUGCCAGGCUGGGUGCCCUUAGCUGGCUGUGGCGUGGGACUUCAGGGAUGAAUGGCUCACCCCAGAGACCUGAAGCCCAGCUCUGCAGUGUCCCAGUGCCCAGGCUGAGCGUGUGGGACUUUGCGGGGCAGUGGUCUCAGGCCCCGCCCUCCUGACUUCUUUCCACGGAGGCAUGGGGGUGGCCUGCAAAGCCACUUCUGCCUCAGGCCUGUGUCUCCUCGUCCUGUGGGUGUGUGAGGCGGGCCUGACGUGGCUUCCACUCCCCAUGCUAUUGCCCAGGGACAGCAAGCUGGUGGGCCAGGGUUCCAGGGAGGCCGGCCCCUUCCACCCACAGCUGCAGCCUGUGGGCUAGCAUCAUCAUGACUUUGGCCUCUGCAGGUGCUCAUCACCCAAGGCUCCCUCUGGCAGCCUCCUUGUGCCGUGACCCCAGAGCACCUGUGGGGUUGGAACUCAGGUUGAGGGCCCUAAAAAGGAAGUGAAGCCCUUGGUAGGGACCAAAGAAGCGGGUACCUCAGCCUGACCCGCCUGGGGCUUAGCAGUGUGGACAAUACCAAUGGCUAUGCAGCAAGGCCAGGCUGUCCACCUUGAAUGGGUCAGCAUUGGCCAAGGGCAGCCAGGGUUGUGUGUCACCUGCCCUCCAGGCAUCUGGCAAGAGCAGUUGGGAGCUACACCCCAGCAAUGUCAGGGGACCCCAAGGGCAGCUGCCACCCAGACAUCACACUUGCCCGUGGCCCACUGUCUCUGGGAGUGUGGUCAGCAUGGAGUGGGGCCUGAUGUCUGGGAGAGGGGACUUUCAUAAGUUGCAACCUUCCUGUGCCCACAGCAGGACCAGAGUGGACAGAGCAGCUGGGGUGAGGGACUCUGGCUUUCAGACAAGAAGAGGUCAAUGAUUUGCCUGCACUCCUGGGGCCACCAUGGGAUGUGCUCAGGUCUUGUGAUCUGAGGGUGAUUUGACCUUCCAGGAAGCAGGACCUGGGUGCCUGGAGUAGGGUAUGGUUGGGUGGGUGGCAGGAGACCUGAGCUUCCCAGGGUUUCACUAAGCUCCUGGGGGUCUCAGACAACACCCGGGGUAUGGGGGUGCAAUGAGAGGGACCCUGAGCAAGACAGGUUUGUGUUCAAGGCUGUCCCUCUGCUCUGGAGUGGGUCACAGAGUCUGCACCAGGCUGGAGUCCCAGCACUGGGUGGGAGUGGACACUGGAUGGGGGUGUGUCACCCCAGUAUAUGAGGCCUUGGGCUGAUUCCCUGGUAGGAUAUCCCUGGAAGUCCAUGUGCAGCAGGGUCUCUGCUGAGCUGGGAGGCAAGAGAGUCUGGGAUAUUUAGGACCCAGGACCCUACCGUGUGGGGGUCAGAGCUUACCCAGGGCUGGGCCCACACUCAUGUUCCCCCUCCCCUAGCUCAGCACAGGGGUCUGGGGGUCCAGUGGGGAAUGCUCUGCCCACCUGCUGCCCAAGACCUGGGAGGAGAAGGGCUCUGGUCACCAGCAGCUGACAUCCCCGCCCCCUCCUGCUCAGUGGCAUCUUGAUGCCGGUCACUGAGUCACCUUGGCCUCUGUAUCCCGACUCUGAGCUCCACUCCAGCCUCUUUGGGUCCCUCCUGACAGCUGCCAGAGAGGCCUAGACCACUUAGUGUUCCAUGGUCCACUAGCCUCAUAGCUUUGGCAUCAGGGCCACCCUACCCACUGUUCGUACCCCACACCCCCAGCUGGCAUCCCCCAGACCCUUUCACUUCCCACUCUCCAGCACUUCUGCUCUUCUGUCUGGUUCAGGCUGAGGCCGGCAGGGACUCCCCACGUCUGCAGAACUCAAUGCUGUUUACAGCAGGAGAGGCCUACUGGCCUCUCAACGUUCCCCUCUGUGUGCACCCACUGUGAAUGUAAAUGUCAGGACAGCGGGUGGGGCACCCCUCAGUGUGGCACUAGCUGUGAUCUCUGGCCCUAGCGUGUGAAUGUAUGGGUGGGCAGCAGGGGAACAGCCUGCCUGGCCUGUGAGGGUGUGGAUGGAGGAGUUCCAGCUUUGUGGUCAGGAAGAAAUGAAUGGGCAGGCAGCUGAAGGGCCACUUCCAUGAGCUCCCGGGACUGCCCUGCCUCCUGGUUUCUGUUUCUGUGCUGUGCACUCCUCUGGGACACAGGGACAGGUAAGGACUUGGGGGUUGGGGGAAUCCCAAUCAGCUGCCAAGGCCCUGGGCAGGUGGGCAGCUGUGGUGUUAGCUCUGCGCUUCCAGUCACCAGCGGGGUGGUUGCUCCCCUCCUGGGUGCUGGCCUAAGCCUCCCUCUGGCCAGGGGCCCUCCUUACUGAAGCCACCUGAGUGUUCCUACCACUGCAGACCCCUGGGAGGGCCAACUUCUCAGCCCCCAGAGGGUUUCAUCUUCCUCUGAGAUGGGGUUGGGUUCCCCUCAAGCAUCUAAGGUGGACGUGUGUCUCCCUCUGGCUCCCUGCUGCGGUUGGGAUGGAGGAGGUCAGCUGGUCACAGUGUCCAUUCUGAUCCCCCUGCCCUAUUUCUGCAGCAAGCGGAUGGCUAUCCAUGCUGCCUAAGGAGAGAGUGUUGGAGGGAAGGGGCCUCAGCUAGCUGGUGCAGGUGAGCACAGGGCCAUGAGGACCUGUUCCUCUCCAUUCUGCUGAGACUGCUGAUGAGGACAGCUGGGCUGCUUUGGCGCUCCCUCCAACAUCCUAAAUCUCACCUCCAGCCCCUUCUCUGUGUCUGUCCCUUUCCUCUGCCCCACUGACAUGGGUUCCUGCUAUUAGGAGAGGGACUUGAGGGAGUCCCCAGCAUGAAGCCAAGCAGAGGGCUCCUUUCUCAGAGCCAGUCGUCCUGCUGUGAGGGCCUUUCAGACUGGCCUGGACGUUACCCGGCAAUUAUGCCCAACAUUAACCCUUGUUCCACAGCAGCGGAGGCCCAACAGGGCCUGGGGAGAGGCUCAGCACAGGCCUGGCCAUAGGACUUUCCAAACAUGACACUGUGUGCUGACUUUUAAAAACAUUCCCCAAGCCGGGCGUGGUGACUGAUGCCUAUAAUCUCAGCUACUCAGGAGGCUGAGGCAAGAGGAUCACUUGAGCCCAAGAGUUUGAGGUUGCUGUGAGCUAUGACACUACUGCACUCUACCUAGGAUGACAGAAGGAGACUGUCUCAAAAUAUAUAUAUAAAUAAAUAAAAACAUUCCCUGUUUCGGUGCCCGUAGCUCAGUGAAUAGGGCUCUAGCCACAAGCACCGAAGGUGGUAAGUUCAAGCCCAGCUUGGGCCUGCUAAACAACAACAACUGCAACAACAACAAAAUGACCAGGUGUUGUGGCAGGUGCCUGUGGUCCCAGCUAUUCAGGAGGCUGAGGUAAGAGAAUCGCUUGAGCCCAAGAGUUUGAGGUUGCUGUGAGGCGACAGCACUCUACCAAGGGUGACAUAGUGAGACUCUGUCUCAAAAACAGAAAAACAUUCCCCAAAUGUAGGUUUAACCCAGCAGAAAAACACACAAAUGUAGCCAUGUGGCUGUGAGUGGGCAUUGGUGUGUGAAGCUGGAGUGCCUCCUGGGAGACAGGACCUCAACCCCAGGAUGGCCACCUUCCUGGCUUCUCAGGCGGAGCCUCUGUUUGCAUGUGUAGGAGGGAGUGCCACUAGGGGAGCUGUGCCACGCAUGUUCCAGGACAUCUGUUUCUUGGGGAAGCAUCUAGUGAGGCUGGUCCCUAUGUGCAUAAGAGCAGCCUCUAGGAAUACUACCCACUAUGAAGUGUGCUGCCCUUGGGACGGCAGUGCUGUCUGGCAUGGAGCUGCCCUAAAGGGUCCUGUGCAAGAAUCCCUAUUUGCAUCUUGCGUUGAGUGUGAGUUCCCACAGGCUGUGGCCCCACAGUGCAGAGCUGAGACGCAGACCGUGUGCAGUUCAGUGUUAGCAGAGACGUCUGCUUUCCAGAGUGGCUGUCACCAUGUCCUGCCAGCAGGGUGGGGGUCUCACUCCACGUCCCCACCAAGACCCAGCGGGGUUCAGCAGCAUCUUGCUGUGUUCCCUUACUGGGUAAUGUGGGCGCAGAAACAGUCACCUUUGUUGGUGUGAGUUUUAACAAGGGUAAAACUUUGUGACCAUGGCCAGAUGGUCCAGGCAGUAGCGCACCUGCUGUCAGCUGCUCUGAGGCCUGCAGCACAAGGCUGUUCCUGUCCAUUUGCCCUUUCUAGGGUGUCAUGUACACAGAAUCAUCAGUUAUAGCUGUUAGGUUUGACCAUCUUUCAGGACAAUGCAUUUGAAAUUUAUCCAUGUGGUUUUUGCUAUCACUAUUUUAAUCUGUUUAAUCCUUUUUACUGUGAAGUAGGUUUCUGUUGUGUGGAAAUAACACUUUCUGGUAUUUCCCCCAAUAUUUUCUAAUAUUUUGCUUUUAAUUUUUUUCUUCCCUUAAUGCACUGGCAAGAACCUCCAGUACAAUAUUGAAUCACACAGGUGAUAAUAAACGUCUUUACUUAAGUCCUGACAUUGAGGAAAAGCACUGAAUUCCAGCAUUUCACCAUUAAGAAUGAUGGCAGUAGCUGGCUUUUACAGAUGUUCUUAUCAGAUUAAGUUCUGUUCUAUUCCUAGUUACGGGAGAGUCCUUGUCAAGACAGGCCAUUAAUUUUUUUUCAAGAUGCUUUUUUUUUUUUAGACAAAGUCUUACCCUGGUUAGAGUGCCAUGGUGUCAUCAUAAGUCACAGCAAUGUCAAACUCUUGGCCUCAAGCCAUCCUCCUGCCUCAGUUUCUCUAUUUUCUUUUUCUAGUAAAAACAGGAUCUUGUUCUUGCUCAGGCUGGUCUUGAACUCCUGAGCUCAAGCAAUCUGCCUAACUCGGCCUCUCAGAGUGCUGGGAUUACAGGUGUGAGCCUCCACACCUGGCCCUUUCUGGUUUCUUUUUUAAAGAUAGGAUCUCACUCUGUCACCCAGGCUGGAGUACAGUGGCCUGAUCAUAGCUCACUGCAGCCUCACACUCCUGAGCUUAAGUGAUCCUCCUGCCUCAGUCUCCCAAGUAGCUGGGACUACAGGUAUGAGCCACCAUGCCCCCCUCAAGAACUUUCUUGAGGCAAGUUCUCACUCUUUCACCCAGCUAGAGUACAGUGGUGGCAUCACAACUUGCUGCAGCCUCAAAUUCCUGGCCUCAACCAGUCUUCCUGCCUUGGCCUCCCAAAGUGCUAAGAUUACAGGCAUAAGCCACCAUGACCAGCCAAUGUUUUUUUUAUUUAUUUUUUUAUUUUAUUUUAUUUUUUUUGUAGAGACAGAGUCUCACUUUGUCACCCUCAGUAGAGUGCGGUGGCAUCACAGCUCACAGCAACCUCCAGCUCUUGGGCUUAGGUGAUUCUCUUGCCUCAGUCUCCCCAGUAGCUGGGACCACAGGCGCCUGCCACAGUGCCUGGCUAUUUUUUGUUGCAGUUUGCGGGGGCCGGGUUUGAACCCACCACCCUCGGUAUAUGGGGUCAGUGCCCUACUCAGUGAGCCACAGGUGCCUCCCCCAGCCAAUGUUUUUUGCAAAUUCUUUUUUGUAUCAAUAAGAUGAUUAUUUUCAGUGAUUGAUUUUUUUCAACAUUGAACAAACCCUGCAUUCUCAGGAAAACCUUGUUUACACUUUGUUACCCCUUUUAUGUAUUGUUGAGGUGAUUCACAAAUAUUUUGUCUGAGACGUCUACACUUGUAUUCAUGAGGUCAUAUGAGUCAAUAACUAUUCUUUCUCAUAAAAUCUUUUUUAAAUUUUGGUGUUAGUUUUAUGCAGGCCCUGUAGAAUAAGGUGGAAAAGAUUCUUACUCUAUUUUCUUGGGGAAUUUGCUUAAUAUUAGUGUUAUUUUUCCUUUAAGUGUUUGUUAGGAUUCACUGGUUUUCUGGGCGUGUAUGUGCAAGCUUUAAGUAAUGAGACUAACAUAAGACUAUUCAGACUUUCUAUUUUUUUCUCGUCAGUUUUGAUAAGUUAGUUUUCCCCUGGGGAUUUGUAUUUCCUCUAAAUUUUCUGAUUAAUUGGCAUAAAAGUGUUCAUAUUAUUGUCAUCUUUUAAAUGUCUGCAGAAUCUGUGGUUACAGCCCCUUUUUUCAUUCCUGUUAUUGAGUUUUCUCUAUUUUUGUUUCUUAGUCUUAUAACAAAACAUCUUUUGUCUUUGUUGGGAUGCUCUUGUUGGUUUUUCAUUUUAUUAAAUUCUUUCCUACUAUUUCUUUUUACUUUCUUUGAUUUCAUUAUCUCUUCUAACUUUUUUUUUUUGACAGAGUCUCACUUUGUCACCCUAGGUAGAGUGCUGUAGCAUCACAGCUCACAGCAACCUCAUACUCUUGGGCUCAAGAGAUUCUCUUGCCUCAGCCUCCCAAGUAGCUGGGACUACAGGCACCCACCACAAUGCCCAACUAUUUUUAGAGACAUGGGCCUCACUCUUGCUCAGGCUGGUCUUGAACUCCUGAAGUCAGGCAAUCCACCUGCUUCAGCCUCCCAGAGUGCUAGGAUUACAGGCAUGAACCACUGCACCCAGCCUCUUCUAACUUCUUAAGGUGGAUGCUCAAUUCACUGAUUUCCAGGUUUUCUUUUAUAAGAUAUAUAGUUAAAGCCAUUAAUUUUCCUUACACAGUAGCUAUAGCUAUGUUUUGAUGUGUAGAAUUUUCAUCA